GACAUCGUGUUGAAGGUGAAGCAGCCACAGAACAAAGCGACGGAGCAUGGUAAUUGUUGACCGUAACCGGACCAUCAAUUGUGCAUCGCAUUUCUCUAGGAUAUAUAAGUGCCGGCGUAUUGACACGUGCGAACAGUUCUUAUAAAAUAGUUUUGGAUUACCUUUACCGAACCUUUUAACAAACAGGUUGUUUUUUUACAUUUCGUAACAGGGACAGUGUUGAACGACUUUAAAUAACUUCUGCAGUGUCGGAAAUAGUUUACUAUAACUGUGAUUUGUAUUCAAUUGAAGGAUUUUGUCCUAUCUGGAUAUUCAGGGAGAACCCGAGUCAAGACGAGUUCAACCAUGAGGUCCCAGCGUACCAACGACAACACCACCAGCCACCCCAUCCACUGCGCCAUGCUUGGGGAUGGUAUGAUCGGGAAGACGUGCCUGACGUUAUCGUACUCAACCAAACGAUUCACGGACGAGUACACUGCAACAAUACACGACGAUUAUAAAGGUAGGUGGCGAACGGCUGCGACCAGAGGGCUUUGUGUUAUGCACGUAAUGUAUCCAGGCAUACAUUCUAUGAGUGUAACUUUAUAUUAACCGGUUUCCUAUGCAAAGUAGUAAAAAAAAAUAUUUUUUUUUUAACUUGUUAUCAAAUAUUUAAUGUAUUUGAUUGAUUUAAACAUUAUAAACAUUUCCCAGUUGACCACAUAAAUAAUACAUUAACCCACUACAAUUUAUACUAUUUUAUCUAUUAAGUUUUAAUAAAAAAAGUUUUAGUACAGAGUUAUAAAGUUUAAACUUUUUACAAUUAAAAAAAAAAGAUGCUUUAAAUUACAAUCCCAUAUUAGAUGUUCCUAGUUUGUACUAUUUCAUUAUCAUUUUAUAUACUUUAUGGGUACAAGUUGACAAUUUUUCAACAAGAGUCGGGUAUUUAAUGUUCUUAGAUCAGUCAUUGAAAGGGGUGGCAAUACCUGAUGAUAUCAAAUAUUUGUUUUUUUUAAAUUUCAGUUAAAGUCCAAAGAGAGGGCAAAGAUUUCCCCGUGAGUGUCUUUGACACGGCUGGCCAGGUGAGUCCUCCUUAAAGUGCAUACGGCAUUAUCAACGGAGUAUUUUUUUUUAAUGUCACGUGACUCUUAGAUCAUUUAACAACCGAGCAAUCUACAUAUCUGAAAUUAUAGGCAUUUUUCUUCGUCUAAUCAUGAAUAAAGUUUAUUGAUACCUAACAUAUCUAGACUUUUACCUUUUUAAAAUACAUUCAUUAAGUGUUUUUUUUUUCUCUUUGUUUUUGUGUAAUUUAUGUAGUCCUACAAAAUGUAUGCCAGACAUUAACAUUGUUCUUACAGUAGUUUCUCUUAUGUUACAGAGUGAUUUCGAAGACCUGAGAGUGUUCACAUACCAGGAGAGCGAGGUGCUCGUCCUCUGUUUCUCCGUCUGCGAUCGGGAUUCCUUCGCGAGCGUCUUCAACUCGUGGAUUCCGGAAAUCAAACGUCACAUGAAGAAAAAACGACCCAUCAUCCUCGUCGGCACACAGACGGACAUGCGCACAGGCAACAAGGAAACGGAAGUGUCCCGGGAAGAAGGCCAGGCUAUGGCGAAGCUGAUCGGGGCGGCAAAGUACGUAGAGUGCUCGGCUAAGGACGGGUCUGGAGUUAGCGAUGUGUUCGGACAGGUUCUUGGGUGUGCCCUGAAAAAAAGGAAGAGAAAUAACAGUUUUUUGGGGAGGAUUUUCCAAAGGUAGCAAAAGGAUUGCUUUGAAGACGCUGAAAUCAGACAUCUCAAUACAAAUAGAAGAAACUCAAGAAUUCGAUAAUUUUCUAACGAUCUUGAACAACUACUUCUUUCAAUGUGUUGUGAUUGCUCCUUAGAGGAGCUGGGCGGCGCAACGUCAGAGAUCUCCAAUCGAGCUGUGGCGCCACACUAGAGAAAUUUUACCUCUCUAAUCACGACGACCGAGACCUAGCGGUUUGUUCAAUUCCAUGCGAUUCUCAAACUUUGUUUUCCUGCAGCCCCCUCCCACCACAACCCCGCAACCUGGCGUUUUCCCCGCAACCCGCUUGAUCAAAUAUCAUUUCGAUAACCUAAUGAUUGCCGAUGAGUAUCAAAUAAUCUCAGCUCAGGCAACACACAAUACACAAGAAAGCACACACACCAUACGCCAACAACUGCAAACAGACAAAAGUAUACAAACAAAAAUGUAUUAUAUCAUAAGAAUAUGACUGCCAAGAUCUAUUUCUCUCAAAUUUCCCCUCCUUAUUUUUUUUGUUUUGUUUCGCAUGACUUGGAGGAUAAAUUUUUUAAUGAGAGAAGAAGAUCGCCAUUGACGGAAAUCAGAGAUCGAAUACAAUUUGAAUCAGAUAUCGAACACAAUUUAAAUCAGAUAUCGAAUACAGUUUAAAUCAGAUAUCGAUAACACUCAAUUCGUUUGUAUUCACACUACUUGAGUCCAUUACUUCAGUUAUUUGUUCCAAUGAACAUGUAACCUAUUCUGACAUUGCAGGCAAUGUCUGAAAUAUAAAUUUAAAAAAAAAAAUUAAUUGCUAUAACAUUUUGCAGUAAAUCUAAAUUAAAUUUUAUAGUUGAAAAGUUGCGUGUUUUGCAUUUAUUUGAAGUUUGGCCUAAAUUUGAUUUGCUUUGUUCCCUUCUGCACAUCUGAUGAAUCAAUGAAUGUAAAAUGUGCGUACACGCUGUUUGUUUCUUGUGUUGUUGUUGUUUUGUUUUUUUUUUUGUUGUUUUUUUUUGGGUGUUUAUUUAAAAUGUUUUAACAUUUUUAUUUUUAAAAUAAUUUUUAACAAAUACCUCACAAUGACAAUGUAAAUUUGUUUUUUGUGUUGUUGUUGUUUUGUUUUUUUUUUUGUUGUUUUUUUUUGGGUGUUUAUUUAAAAUGUUUUAACAUUUUUAUUUUUAAAAUAAUUUUUAACAAAUACCUCACAAUGACAAUGUAAGACUUACUGUGUGAUCGUCAAGAUGGCACUACGCUGGCGUAGCGAUAAAAAGUUGUUCUUAUGUGUUGGUUUGUUUUUGGCGUACUGUUGAAAUGUUUAUGGUAGAAAUAAUUUUUGAAUGACGUAGAACUAAUAAAAUGUGAAAUGAUAAAGUAAUUGAAAAAAAAAAAAAAGAUUGAUAUAUGAACAAAGAUGAAUGAUGUGAAAAAAGAAUUAAAUGUUGAAUUAUGCAAAAUUGAGCCAGUUUUGAAUGAUUUUUUUAAAAAAAACUUUUAAUAAAAAGCCAUGCAUAUACUU